GGAUCAUGGAUCAUGGGACGCGAUAUCAUGGAGCAAUGUUUUGUCUCGCCUUGUUGAUGAUACAUUGUCCACACUUGGCGCUAGCACUUCAUUGACUCUACGUUCUCGUCUUCAAGUCUUGUACAUUCCCAGCAAGGUCCAUUGUAGUCGAGUUUGUGUCUGCCUAUUCCACCAAACCGAGCUUUAUGCUCAAGCUUGAAUGCAGUAAGGAAACCAAAAGGGAUAUUAGUGUUUUGGUCUUUGAAUAAGUGAUUUCCUUUGCGACACGACCCGAAAUUCUUGCUGGAAGAUGUCCCCAGCCUCAGGCCCCCAGUCGUUCAGCUGAACUUCUUCAUCUCUUCAGUUUUAGUUUAGGCUUGUCUCUACCGAAACGCUAGCAUCCUGCGAUCCAGUCUGAUCCGGUCUCCCGUGGGGAGUGGCUCUGGAAACCAUAGACCGCUAAUUUACCGUGUGAAACCCGUGCCGCAUCAAAGCUUUCGGGCUGCUGUGUCGGACAUUCUCCACGGAGAUAUCUCCUGACCAGGGUAGGAAGAUGGGAAACAACAUCGUGCCUGCUGCCGCAGGCAAUCCGUUUAACUCGCCCGAGUUCAUUGCUGACAUACAUCCGUGGUUGCUGACUGUGGAUGCCGACACGUUCAGGGAGACAGCACAGCAAAACCAGCUGCUACGCACCUUCGACAUUGUCGCGGACCUGGAAGACACUCUGCAGCGGGAAGGUCGGAAAGCGCACAACAAGAAGCUGAUUCAAGUCAUCUCGACUGAUGAACUGCAUGGAUACGAACGCUUGUGUUACGUCGUUGCCAAAAUGGGCUACCAUACCCGAGUGCACCAGAUGCUGAACCAGCUUCCAGAGAGGAAUCGACCGUUGAUAGAUUUACCCAGCUCAGGUGACAUGGCAACCACAAGCGUACGACGGCGAACCACAAGCGUACGACGGCGAACCCGGACAGGUGUGGACGGUGGCAAUGGUGAUAGUGAUGGUAGAUCAGAGUCACAGAGUGUGGAUGGAAAUGCAGAAGAUUGCCACGGAGCAGAAGAUUGCCCCGGAGAAGAAGAGGGUCAUGGAGCAGAAGAGAGGAAUGAAACGGCUGUGGAGCAUGAAACAUCACCACCAGCUGAACCAGAGGCAGUACGGGCUCAGAGGCGCAUACCAUUCCUUGCAAUGGUGGCAGGGCUGAGUGUUCUUAUCAUUGCUGUCAUCAGUGUCUACUACGGUUUUAGCUCGCCAGCUUUACCUGAUUUGGGUCGUGCGGAAAAGCUGUUGAAGAUUCGCUACUCCAAGGCCAAUAACAUCUACUCACCGAUCCUUGGGGCCAGCACAGUAAACACUGUCGAUAACAUCUACAUCAACCUUGUCAUGCUGCCGAAGAAAAAUCUAAGCGAAGAGUUCGAGAAUGGAUUUGAAUCCAGCUCCGACGACAUGUGGCGGACGGAGCAUGCCUUCACUCGCGCAAGCCAGGAGAUGCAAAGUGUUAACUUGGAGUCUCUUCUAAACAGCACCCAUCAUGAGCAAUCACCGCAUCCCACAGGUCAGACUUUCGGCACGAUAGUCACGGCUAGUGCUGGGUGUGGGAAGUCAUUUGUUUUUACGAGAGUCGCCCCGAUCAAAUGGGCAGCCGGUGAACUGUGGCCUGACAAGAAGCUGCUCGUUGCAAGAGAGUUGCGUUUCCCAGACGUGCACAAGGCUACAUCCCUGAGUAAGCUACUUGGCCUAGACGGUAUCGGUAUUGAAGACAGCAAUGCCCAGCAGGAGAUCUGUGAUCAUGUUCGUGCACACCCAGAGAGUCUAGUGCUCAUUCUAGAUGGUCUUGAUGAGGUGAACCUGAAAGACAUGAGCAGUUUUGUCUAUGAUGUACUGUUUGGUGAGGAGCUGCAGGGGAUUCAUCUCAUAGUAACAUCUCGACCAUGUGCCGAUGUCUUCCAGUUGUCAGUAUUACCUCACUUCCACCAACACAUCGAGCUAAUGGGAUUCAGAGCAGAUGAUGUGGAGAGGUAUAUCCAUAACGUGCUCAGCCCGGAGAAAGCAGGGGCACUGGUGGCAGAGGUUGAUCGAUCAGCAUAUCUACGCGGCAUGAUGGCGACCCCAUUCAUGGCACAGGAAGUGUGUAUGCAGUAUCACUUUGGCUUGGAUGCACCGCAGUGCAUGACAGACAUGUUUGAGCAAAUGAUUGUGCAGAUUAUCAACCGGAAAUACGCCCGCGCAUACAAGCAGUGGAAUGAAGUACCAGUUGAGGCACAACUGCUGGUGAUGGAAAUAGGAAAGUUUGCCUUCAAUAUGCUUGUCGAGAAGCGGAUGAUCUUCAGUGAUGCCGAUCUCCAGAAGCAUUCUCUCAGUGAGCAUGCCUACAAACUAGGCUUAUUGGUGACAGGCGAGGAAUCUCUAUCAAGGGAUAUGUUCAAGCAACAUCGGUUCAGCCAUCUUACCACUCAGGAGUACCUAGCAGCUAUGUACCUUGCCAGACACCCUCUGCACAAUGUCAUGAGCAAUUCUAGUAUUAUUCGACUGGUGGAAAUCCUCGGCGCAGAAACGGCACAUUUGAGAACAUUCUGGGCUAUGUUUUGUGCUCAGCUGACUGCAACACAAGCCGAAUACCUCGUAAACUCGUUAUUAACACGAAGAAAGGUACAGAAGCCAGAAGGAGAGAUCGUGGAUUUUCUUUUUUAUUCUACGCCUAUUUCCAACAGUAUGGACUUGGUUCAGUUACCCGACCUUUCUGCAUAUUUCAAGCAGGGAAAAGUGGAAAGAGCAUAUCUUCAGGGUCUCGCAUUUCACUCCUUCGCCGAGCUGGUGGUGCAUCAGAAAGGUGUCAACACAUCACUGCCGUCAAUACGCGCAUUGCUGGUAUCGAACCAAGGUGUGAGAUUUACCAUGGAUCAACAACCUGCGGAGCAGCGAUCGAUUGACAUGAUCCUUCACCAUCACCCGCAAGACGUUCGGAAGGUGACCAUACUUGUACAUUUUUGGAUUCCGACCCUCAUCGUUUACUUCCCAAUGUCAUUGGCGAAAUGCAGUGGUUUGCGAGUGUUGUCAAUCAAUCUCAUCAAUGUGCCUAGUGCCCUGGCUACUGUCACCUCUGCUGUACAGCAUUCUGCCAGAAAUCUACAAGAGCUGAAUCUGUAUUGGACUCCGGUUUCUGCCUCUUUGUUAACUGCACUUUCAUCAUGUCACCGACUUCAAGAUCUCCAACUCACAUAUAGCAGUCGGAUGGACACAAGGGUAAGUGCUUUGGCUAGUGCAUUUUCCAAUCUCACAGCCCUUGAAAAUUUCGAACUGGAAAGUGAUUGUGGCCUUGAAAGUGAUGCGGUGGCUGAAAUCUCCCGCGCACUUCACCGUAGUAGUAAGUUAUCCAGUGUUUGCUUUAGGGAUUGCGGCUUGACAGCAUCGGUGCUUCCUGCCUUCACAACAGCCCUGCAGUACUGGAAACGCCUGAGGAGCUUGAAGCUCAUCCACAACAACUUCAGUGAUACUGGCUCAAUCGUAGCUUCUCGGUUUUUCUCUGCGAUUUCAAAACUCCCAGAUUUGCAUGGUAUUGGCCUUUACAAUUGCAGUUUGCCUGAAAGUACUGGCUUUGCCAUUGCGACUGAGCUGUAUAACAUUAGCACAAUGCAAUUUUUGACCUUAUCAAAUAAUCCCAGUCUAGGCAACAAGGCUGUUGUAGCCAUUUUGCAUGCACUAAGCCAAUGCAAAAAAAUGUUCGCAGUUCGUCUGGAGAACUGUGGUCUGACGGCCGCAUCGUUGCCAGCUAUUACCACUGCUCUGCAGAGGUGGCCGAAGCUGACAUGGUUGCAGCUUCAUGACAACGACUUUAGUGCGGUCACAGCCGAACAGACCAAUGACUUCAUUGCCGCUGCCAACGCCCAUAAGAAACUUACUUCUUUGACGCUACGCAAAGGAGGCAUGCCUCCCUCUGGUAGACCAGCUUUUAAUAUACUGAUGUCCGAUGACUCGUAUCGUUUGGUCGACAGUGUAGAUUGCCUGCAGGAGUAACGACUCUCCUCUCUCUCUCUCUCUCUCUCUCUCUCUCUCUCCAUUGGAGUGAGAAAGGUUUUCAUUGAGCGGCUUGCUGUGAGAGGAGGACUGAGACUUGCCGGCACUAACGGCAAAUUGCCAAAAAGACCUCGCGGCCAUGGAGCUUCGGGACUCAUUCUUUUCUGAAGUGCACGCGCUGAGCUGAAGCUGAAUUUGUACCUGCUGUUUACUCCACACAACACCAGUGUUAUGAUUAUUCACAGGACUUUGUGCAUAUUUACCUCCAAAUUAUGUUCCGUGAACGACUACGUCAGUGCCUAGUAGUAACUUUUUUCCCCAAUAGCUCCGGAGAAGUGUUUUCAUUUUUUUUAAUUGGCCUCACCCACCACACUUAUGCCAGUUUAUCUGUGUACAAGUACUGAAGUAAGUGGUAAUGGUGACUGUAGGCUUUGGAACUGUUCGCUUCUCUUCCAGCAGCAGAACCAGAUGCUAAGGAUCAUAUUUCCUUGACUCUCUUGCCUACCUUUUUCCAUAGUAAAAUUAUGCACAUCGGUUUUAGACAUUUGCUGCCUGCAAUUUUCUAGUAAAAUUA